CGUAGGGGUGUGCACGUUCGUUCCAUUGCUCCCCUCUCACGCGUCUGUCGCGUCUAUUCUCGCAAACUCUGUUUAUCCCUUGUCAAAAGGAAUUGAUGGAUUUGAAAGGGCAUUCAUUCACUUGAGUACUAAUCUUAUUGACGCGUCUGCCGCGUUGAUUUCCCCUGUGUUCAAAUAUUAUUAUAUUUUAAAGAGGGGUCAUUACUUUUAACUUUGGUUUUUAUUUUGCGCAUUUAACUCCUGAGAGAUAGAGAGGAAGUCUUCAAACUGAACCUCUUGAUGUUUGCAUGAAAGUGAUAUUUCCAGCUCGGUUAUCGGCUGACAUGUAUUUGAACUCGAGGCUUGAGUUCAGACCUAUUCUGAACCUAUUUUGACCUGGACCGAGGAUUUUCUUUUCUUUGAGAAUAAGGCAGAGAAAAAACAGAUGUCACCGUGAUCGAGCAGCCUUCAAACCAAAGGAGACAGCAUGAUGCUAGUUCUGGUGUGCUCGGUCUUGACCAUGCUCCUCUCAGCACCAGGAGGCUGGGCUCUUCGCAUGCGGAAUUUCGAGGUGCCCCUGCACGUCUACCGCGGCAACAGCACCGUCCUCAAGUGCGAGUUCGACCUUCAGGGCGAGAGGUUGUACUCGGUGAAGUGGUACAAGGGAGGUCGUGAGUUCUUCCGCUACGUCCCCAACGAGAGGCCCAUGAAGCAGGACUACCCCGUUCAGGGAGUGAAGGUGGAUAUGGAGGCCAGCACAGGUCAACAAGUGGUUUUGAAAUCAGUGACCCUCGCCACUUCAGGGAGGUACAAGUGUGAGGUGCUGGCGGAAGCGCCCUCUUUCAACACGCUGGUUGAGCAUGCGAUACUUACCGUUGUGGACAUACCCCAGGAGAAACCCACAGUCCUGGGCGCUCGGGAGAGAUACCAACCGGGAGAUGUGGUCAGCAUCAACUGUACCUCUGCACCAUCUAAGCCAGCUGCCACCCUCACCUGGUAUAUCAACGGGCAGAGGUGAGCUCCCCGUCGGUAUCUGAGAGAGUUCAGCCCCUACAUGCAGCCGGACGGUCUGGAACAGUCGACUCUCGGGCUGCACUUCCUGGCCAACCACGACCACUUCCCACACAAGCUGAUGUCCCUUCGGUGUACAGCCUCCAUCGGCAUCUUCUACAACGAGACAGAAGUAGCCAGCAUGGAGCCCCUUCAGCGCCCAGCACUCUCACUCGAGAGCCGAGAGCACUUUUAUGGUAGCAUGAGUGCCCCUCUCAUCUCAGCCUCUGCGAGCCUACCCCUUGCCAUCGCGGUCGGGUGUAUCCUGGGCGUCCUCAGAUAAGCAAGUCCUUCGUAGACGCCUCUGGGGGGUGUGUGUGUGCGUGUAGGACAAGCCUCCGUCGCCGGAGACGACACUUAUAUUCUAGUCCUCUAACCAUUUCCUCCUGUUUACCUUUCCUUUCGGUUUCGUUGCGAUUCGUGUAUUCUUGUGUUGUUUCUCGUGCGUUAUUGUCUCAUUUUUUUUCUCCCAGUGAACUAAGUAGAAGGAAAAAUUUAGCCGCAAGAAUAUGGAAAGAGGUAUGAGCAGUAAAUAAGGAAAUAGUGAGAUAGUAUAAGUAACAAACAAUGGAGAGUUGAGCAGCAAAUACUGAGGAAUUAAACAGCACACAAUAACGAGAAUGGUUAACCUAGUAACCAAUUUGACUGCUGUAAAGAUCCCGCAUCCCUUUCAAGGUGGACAGAUGGAGCAUUGAGGGCAAAUGUGUAUGUUUUUGAGAAAGAUAAAGACAGGCUGAGCGAUAAGGAGUUUAAAAAGUGGUCCGAAAUGUGAUAAAGUAUGCAUAGUUUUUAAAAGAAAGCCUGAGGACAAUACUGACAAGGAAAUGAAUGUCGGUGUUAAAUGCGUCUUGGCAGUGAAAUAGUAACCUGUAAAGAAGAGGGUUUAGUGACCGGCUGAAUUUAAUUCAGAUUCAGUACGAUGGUGCAUUAAAAGAUAUGCAGUGAGACAGAAAGAAGGAUUAGCUAAUGUAAAAGUAAUCUGAGAUAAAAAAAAAAAAAUGAAUGGUGGAAAAGGACACCACGAAUUGACCUGACAUAAUGUGCGAACUCAUAAGAAAUGUGUAGCCUUACUCUUUAUUAUUAUGUUUAUCCAUUCUUUCAUUAAUCAUUUUUAUUAUUACUAAAUCUUACCAGUCGUAUUAUCUCCAAUGCGCUUUCAUUAUCCAAAUGCACUAAGCACUGUGUAUAGUAGAAACAGUAUGGCGAUUAAAGUGUACAUUGUGAAAGUGAAUGAAGAAUCUCUCGAAGUGUGAAAUUAUGGCAAAGAAAGGAAGUAGUUAAAUUGGACAUGCGCUGGUGUGGAAUGACCUUUCAUUAAUAAAAGCCAAGAAAUUCAACCAUUCGGAAGGGAUAAAUGUCGAUAUUUAGAAAUACUUCUUCUUAUCUGUGACAAUAAUGUAUGAGGCGUUAGAUGUAUAAACAAGGAUACUGUUCGUGCAGAAGAUAUUGAUGAUAAUUGUGCUAUAUGAUUAUUAGUCAUAUCUAUACAUAUACAUAUAUAUACUGUAUACAUAUUAUACAUGCUUGUGUGUUGUAUACCCGCCGACAAUUGCACCUUGUAUCCAAAAUAUAGUUUUUUUUUUUUCUUUUUGUCUGAAACGAAUUGUCAUUAAUGCAUUGUUGUCUCAUCUUAUUUACCGUGGUUUAUUUGUUUGAGUCUGUUAGCUUACAUUUUUACCACUUUUCCAUUUACUUGAUUUUUUUAUCACGAUUAGAUACCUUUUCCAACAUCUGUAACCCGUUGUCAGUUCUGGGUGUUUUUCUUAAUUGAUUUUAAUUCCAUGUUAUACCGCGGUUCCUUGCACCAUAUCCUUCAGUGUCAUAAAUUUUAAGAAAGUAAAUAUAAGUGAAAAUUAAGUAAUGAUAGCAAAACAAGUCCGCAAGGCGCUAUGAAUGGAAGGAAAUGGAGUAGCAAGAAAGGAAGAUGGAAAAAGAAACAAUCAGAAAAAGAAGAAAGGCGAGAAAUCAUAGAAAAAUACUUCCGAAGCAGAGAAAGUGAUCAUCGAAGAAACAGAACCUUAAGAAGAAAAAAAAAAAUCAUCGUUCCAUGUUGUUAGCGAAGGCGAUGAACGAGAUAGAACCAGGACGCUGCCCAUGGCAUGGUGGACGAUGGUCUUCGGUACCCGAAACCCCAGUACUCAUUCAUAUAUAUGUUUGCCUUAAACCCCCGUCUCCCGGCCCUAGCGGAUAUUCACGUGUCUGAGCGACGGGGACAUACAGAGGAAAUCGUUUAAAAGCAAAAGAACUAUAAAGGAAAAUGCAAACUGAUGAUGGAACUUUCACGGUGUUUUUUUUUCUCUGGGAUAUACGAUGUUCUAAGCGUAUGAAUGACAUGUUUUAUAGUUGUAUAUAUAAACAUAAAUAUAUAUAUAUAUUGCCCGUAGAUACACUGAAAUACAUGCCAAUGUAGGUACCUCUUUGUGAGUCCGUGUAUGAAAUCGUAUCUCAUUGCACCUCUGCACCCCUGUUUGUAUUUGUAAGUCAGCUUGCAUGUAUGUCGAUGCACUACUUUCUUCAUUAGAGAGAGAGAGAGAGAGAGAGAGAGAGAGAGAGAGAGAGAAGAGAGAGAGAGAAGAGACUGCCAUUGAUGUCCGCACGAGACGGAAUUUGGUGCAAAUCCUAAUGGGGCUCAUGUAAUACGUAAAAAACGUAGAAAUUAUCUUCAGAUAAGACUUAUCUUCCUUCUUGCCUAAGGGAACGUUUGUGCUAUUCUUAAAAGAACAGCAACUAAAAGAGAGUCAUCCUUUGGCCCCCCUCCCCCCCUUCACCCCACGAGUAAACAACAAACACACACGGGAGCAUUUAUUAGUGUUUCCCACCGAUUCAUUUUAGGAAUUCAGUGCUAAAUUUUUCUGUUUACUUUUUCUUUUUUUAUUCCUGUUCCCUCUGCGAGGAAAGCAAAACCGUUAUCAGAUCGCAAAGAAUGCUUGUCCGGGAGGAAUUUAAUCAAUUGAACUCUCUUUGGUUGGUAUAGGCAAAAGAGAGAGAGAGAGAGAGAGAGAGAGAGAGAGAGAGAGAGAGAGAGAGAAUGAUUCGAUGGACACUGUUGCUCUACCUGUAGGCUUAUCUAUUUCAUUUCCUUUGAUUUCAGUUUUUUCAUUUGUAAAAUGGAAAAAUAUGAAUUUUGAGGGGACGUAAUCCCGUCAGCGUAUGAACUCUUUGUAAUGUAUGAAACAAAUGUCAUUCAUGUGUAAGAAAAGAAUAUAUUGCUGUGCUUUACUGUGAUAUUCAAUUAGUUCUGAACCAAAUGACAUUUUAAUAUGAUUGCAAAUCUGUUUUUUCUUUCUGUGUAGCAUUUUACUAAGAUUAAGUCUUUUUGUCCUUUGUCGUAUUACUGUUAAUCUGGGUGCUUGCGUAAAAACUGCAUGAGUAAAUUAUUAUCAUUCUGUGAUACUGGUUACAGAAACCCAUUCAGUAGUAUCUUUAAAUGGAAAUUACAUCUGUUCUUAGCGAAAUCUCGGUAGGACGUUGGUUCCGCCGAAUUAUGACCCGGAGUUUGUAGAUUUUCCGCAGGACCAUUUGCGGGAUAGAUUCUGUAGAACCAUUUGUCGUAGUAGAGCAAAUCUCAAAAGCUUAAUCAGACGUCUCGUGAAAAAGCAAUUCAUGCAAUGAUGCACAAAGUAUAUCUUUUUCAGAAUCGCAGCAAAACGGAUACCCAUUCAAUUCCGGUUUCACGUUAUUAACCAACAUACAUUACUGUUGUUCUUCUGCGCUUCUUUUAUUUCCCAGCUUGCAUUUAUUUUAAGUUUCCCGUGACAGGUGUUGUUAUCGAGUAAUGGAAUUGGCCAGUCAUUUCACUUAUGGGAUGAAGUCAGCUUUCAGAUGUAAGAAGUAAAAUUGAAAAUGUCCGAAGUUUUUCCACUUCCAUUUUUUAACAUUUCAUUUGACUAAUACACCUAUUUUCUCUACUGAAUCAAGUCGUUCACACCCUGGUCGUUUAGAGACCGUCUGUUCCGACUGAAUCGUCCCCACAGUCCCAAAAUUAAGAUGGUAUAGGUGACCCUUCCGGAGAGGAGGAGAACCAAGCAGAGACAACCCUACCGCAUUUUCCAUGUUGGUGGUGGUCGAACGUGAGGUCGUUGAGGGAAAGAAAUGGGGAAAGAAAAAGGUGGAAAUGACGAUGGAAAGAAAAUCGAAAAGGGCAACGAGUGUAAGAAAGAGAGAGAGAGAGAGAGAGAGAGAGAGAGAGAGAGAGAGAGAGAGAGAGAAUGGAGAAAAGGGGCUGAAUCGGAGGAGUGUUGUAAGGUCGGCUGGGCAGCGGGUGUUAGCAGGGAGAGGGGAUAUAGGGAUAUAGGCUGAUGGGGUUAGAGCACAGGCGACGAACGCGAAGGAGAAGAAUCAGGGAGAGACCGUUUCAUCCUUCCCAACUCAAUCAAAGUUUGGUGGAGCGGCGCGAAGAGACAAAGGGCGGUGAGUGUUCAUUGCCCGAGGGGUGGAGAGGAUGAAGGCUUUUGACAGUGUUGGAUGGAGAAAGAGAGAGAGAGAGAGAGAGAGAGAGAGAGAGAGAAUAACUUUAUUAUUUGGCUAUGUUCCUAAAUGUUAUUGAUAAAUUUAAUUUAAGGAAAUGAAAGUAAAUCAUAACAAUCUAUUUUUGUAAAAUGAAGCCAGUCAGAGAGAGAGAGAGAGAGAGAGAGAGAGAGAGGAGAGAGAAUUGAUCUUAGGAAAUGAAAGCGUAUUAUAAUACACGAUUUCUUUUAUAUGAAGCCAGAGAGAG